UCCCUAAUUUAACUUCCGCUUCCGCCAUCUUUCUUUCCGGUUGUACGCCUUUCUCGGAGCCGUCAUGAAGGUCGAGUUGUGCAGUUUCAGCGGGUAUAAAAUAUACCCCGGCCAUGGCCGCCGAUACGCCAGGAUAGACGGGAAGGUGUUCCAGUUCUUGAACGCCAAAUGCGAGUCUGCCUUUUUGGCCAAGAGGAAUCCCCGACAGAUCAACUGGACUGUGCUGUACAGACGCAAGCACAAGAAGGGUCAAUCUGAAGAGGUGUCCAAGAAGCGUACCCGGCGCGCUGUCAAGUUCCAGAGGGCCAUCACUGGCGCCUCCCUGGCUGAGAUCAUGGCCAAGAGGAACCAGAAGCCCGAGGUGCGCAAGGCACAGAGAGAGCAGGCCAUCAGGGCUGCUAAGGAGGCCAAGAAGGCAAAGCAGGCAGCCAAGAAGCCUGCUGCACCCAGCACUAAGGCUACUACCAAGGCUGCACAGAAACCCAAGAUUGCCAAGCCCAUGAAGGUUAGCGCACCCCGUGUUGGUGGCAAACGCUAAGACCUGGCUCCUUGUUUCUGGUUGUGAAUAAAGCAUUUUUUGGUUAUCCAUCAA